AUGGGUGCCAGUGAAAGCAGUCCGAGAACCAUUGAACGACAAGAGAUCAAGCUCAGCAAUACACCGUUUCAGCGAGUUCAAAGGAUCUCAAGAAGGAAAAAUGGGAAAUUGUUGCAAGGAAUCCUCUUUGAAAGCUCGAUCGCUUAUGGAAAUGAGUGCCGAAACGCGAUACAGUACUUGAAACGAUUUCGACAUCCAGACAUUUUGAAAGUUUUGGCUCAAAAAGAUCUACCAGAUGGAUCGAUUUUGGUUGAAGAUGCAGAGCCGCUUUGCUCGAAGAGUUUCACUGAGUUUGGUCUAUCUCAAAUUCAAAGUGGAUUGUGCUCAAUUGGAAAUGCGCUUCUAUUUCUUCACGAAUCUGCCGGCAUUUCCCAUAACAAUCUUUGCACGGCGACGAUUUUCGUUCGAUCGAAUGGAAGCUUUGCGUUAGCUGGUUUCGAGUAUGCGAUCGAGUUAUCGAAAGAGCCGCAACCCCGACAACGCCUUCAAACUGACGCUUUUUUAGGUGUACAGAAAGAGACAAAUGGUUCUUUACGAGAUGCUUAUUUAUUUGGACAACUUAUUCAAGAGAUUUCUAAAGAAUUUGAAUUACCGGAGAAUCUGAUGGAGUUAUCGGAUGGAUUGUGUCAAGCAGAUGCUGCUGAGAGAUUUUCAAUAAAAGAUGCUCUUGCUCAUCCAGCUAUGCAGAACGAUCUGGCCACAAUAUUAGAUAAACUCGUCAACUUCUCGGUUCUUCAAAUUAAAGAGAAAGAAGAAUUCAUUCAAUCAUUGCCAAAUCGUCUUGAUGCUCUCGAUGCAACCUCAGCUGGUUCUCUUCUCUCCAAACCGCUUCUUUCAAGACCAGUGAUGUUCUUUGAGGAAUCGCAUAAAACACUAUAUCCUCGAUUUUUUAAACCAAAAACAUCAGCUUCUAAUGGAAUUUUACCCAGCGAGAUUUACAUCAAAUAUGCUCUUCCAGAGAUUUUGUAUAUUUGGCGUGUUCGAGAUAUUGCUGUGAGAUUACCGCUGUUGAAAUAUUUACCACUUUAUAUUGAAAUCGUUUCGAGAAAUCAUUUGGAGAAAACGAUUCUACCGGAGAUUCAUGCUGGUGUCGAAGAUCAAAAUCUUGAACUAGUUGCUUCAAGCUAUGAAGGCUUAGCCACCUGUGUUCGCGUUCUCGGCCCAGCCACAGUCACUGGGACAUCGCAGAAAAAACUCUUCAAAGAUAGCACACCAAUACAGAGAGCUGAUUAUUCCAAUGGUUAUCUUGAGCCAAAAAUCAUUGCUUACAAGGAACAAGAAGUUGAAUCAAACUUUCAUAGCCCUCAAGCACCAUCCUCUUCAGCUGUCUUUAGUGGAAGUGAAGAAGAACCAAAUGAUGAAUGGAAUGAGGAUUGGGGAGAAGAUGAGAAGAAAUCGAAUGAAGAAUCAAUCCAAUCAUCCGAAAUUCAAACAAUCCCACAAAUCCCUGCUCUGGACACAAAUCGAAACAGGUUGCAACACCAAUCAACAAAACAACUAGAUAUUGUUGAUGUGAAAGAAAUUCAAGUAAAAUCUGCUGAAGAGGAUUUUUUUGCCGACAUGGCUCCGGAGAUCAAAACAGAGGGAACAUUGAUCGAUCGAUUGCUCAAAGAACAAGAAGAACGAUCGAAACUGAAUAACGAUGCACCAGUUGAGAAGAAGAAGUCGAGCAUUCUUUUCUCACUCUCCGAAGAUACGAACACCGAGAAUGAUCAUUCAGCUGCUUGGGACGAUGAUUUAAACCUAGAUCCACCGCAAGAAAUCGAUGAAAAAGAAUCAAUCGCUUCU